AUAGAAGACGAAGAAGAAGACUCCGGCGACUAUUCGCCAUGCUCCACGGAUACGUCGCUGCUUGGAGGGAGGAUUGUUUACAGCUUUGGUUCACUGUUAGCAGCUUCUGCGCUCGCACUGCUCGGUGAUCGAGCUCAUCAUGUCAGACACAUGGAGCAACAUCCAAGCCCACAAGAAGCAGCUGGACUCGCUGCGGGAGCGGCUGCAGCGGAGGCGGAAGGACCCGGCGCAGCUGUCCGGAGCGGACGGUGGGAUGAGCGCCGACGGUUCCACAGCCAGGAGCGACAGCCCAGCCCCAUCGGCUCCCUCCACUUCUCAGGAGGAGACGGAGAAACCGCCGGACCCUGAGCUGGAGAAGAGGCUGCUGGAGUAUCUGUCCGAUCUGAGCCUCUCUCUGCCCACAGACUCGCUGGCCAUCACCAAUCAGCUUAACGGUGCUGAAGGCGCCGUUACUCACGGAUGCAUCCAGAGCCUGCUGCUCAAGUUCUCUGCCCAGGAGCUCAUCGAGGUCCGACAGUCUACCCCCAUUUCCUCCUCCGCUGCGACCUCCUCCCCCACCGCCGCCACGGUCGUCAUAGCCGUGGACCACACGAAACUCUGGGCCAUGAUCGGCUCCGUGUCUGGAGCCCAGAGGGCCGGAGUGAAGCGGAAAGCUGAAGACCAGACGCUCGGCGGCUUCUCGCCCAAACUGCAGAGCUCUGCGUCUCCUCCGCACUCUUCCACCUCCUCCCUGACGCCGGCCUCCUCCUCCUCCUCGCAGCUCGCGGGAUCCUCGGCGUCGGGGAGCGGAGCUGAGAAGAAGGGCCGCAGCAGUAAGAGCCAGUCGUCUCACGUUGACAUGGAGAUCGAGAGUCUCCUGAACCAGCAGUCUACCAAGGAGCAGCAGAGCAAGAAGAUGAGUCAGGAGAUUCUGGCGCUCCUGAAUGCCAGCACAGCCAAGGAGCAGUCCAUUGUGGAGAAGUUCAGGUCUCGCGGCAGAGCCCAGGUCAUGGAGUUCUGCGACCACGGGACCAAAGAGGAGUGUCUCCACUCCGGAGACACGCCGCAGCCGUGCACCAAGCUACAUUUCCGCCGCAUCAUCAACAAGCACACAGACGAGAGCCUCGGUGACUGCUCCUUCCUCAACACCUGCUUCCACAUGGACACCUGUAAAUACGUGCACUACGAGAUCGACAGCCCCCCAGAGACGGAGAGCAGCCUGGCGGGGCCCCAGGCGGGGACCCCCGAGAUCGGCCUCCACGCCGAAGAUGCAGACAGCAACGUGGGCAAACUCUUCCCCUCACAGUGGAUCUGCUGCGAUAUCCGCUACCUGGACAUGUCCAUCCUGGGGAAGUUUUCCGUGGUGAUGGCCGACCCCCCCUGGGACAUCCACAUGGAGCUGCCGUACGGUACCCUGACCGAUGACGAGAUGAGGAAGCUCAACAUUCCCGCCCUGCAGGAUGAUGGUUUCCUCUUCCUCUGGGUCACUGGAAGGGCCAUGGAGCUGGGCCGGGAGUGUCUCAGCCUAUGGGGCUAUGAACGCGUUGAUGAAAUCAUUUGGGUGAAAACCAACCAGCUGCAGCGAAUCAUCCGCACAGGCAGGACGGGUCACUGGUUGAACCACGGGAAGGAGCACUGCCUGGUGGGCGUGAAGGGAAGCACCCAGGGGUUCAACAGAGGCCUGGACUGCGACGUCAUCGUGGCCGAGGUCCGCUCCACCAGCCACAAACCAGACGAGAUCUACGGCAUGAUAGAGCGCCUGUCGCCCGGCACCCGGAAGAUCGAGCUGUUCGGGCGACCUCACAACGUCCAGCCCAACUGGAUAACGCUCGGAAACCAGCUUGACGGCAUUCACCUCUUGGAUCCAGAGGUCGUGGCCCGCUUUAAGGACCGAUAUCCUGACGGAGUCAUCUCCAAGCCACACCCGUAGCGAGGACACCAGCUUGGAGUUUGACUCUGCUUGGAUUUUUAUACCUGUGAAUAUUUUUUUUUAAUAAAUAUUUUGGAACCAGGUG